ACUUUUACGGCCGCACCACACCACGCACUUUUUAAAUAAAAUAACGUAGGUUGUCAUUAAAUUCUGCGCCAAAUAUGGCAGAAGUUAUAACUCCCAAAACAAAAAUUCAAUUUUUUUGUCAAAAUAACGUACGUUUUGCAGAGAGCUAACUGAAGUCUGGAGUGCGUUGUGUACUAAAAUCAUGUUAUGAAAAACUGAAUUCUUUACGCCUUACGGUAAUUUGUAACUUUUUUAAUAGGUAAAAAUUUGCAGUUUUCACAUCGACAUGCUGUUUUUAAUCCUAAUUCCGGUCGUUAUCGUUGUUCUUGUGUUGAUUGUAUCAUCUCGUCCAUCAAGAUUAAAUCUAACGGGUGCACAUGUGAUGGUAACGGGAGGUUCGUCGGGUAUCGGCCUUGAAGUCGCGAAGGAAUGCGCUCGGCAAGGUGGUUUUGUAAGCUUGGUUGCAAGAAAUGAACAGCGGCUGAAACAAGCCAAAUCUGAAGUGGAAGAACAUCUCAAAGGGGGUGGUGAUCGGCAGUGUGUAACCAUCUUGCCUUUGGACGUAUCUGAAUCUUAUGGAAAGGUUCAAGAAGGGAUUAGAAAAGUUGAAGAAAAGUUGGGACCAGUUGAUGUUUUGGUUAAUUGUGCUGGAGUUUCUCAUGCAGAAGUAUUUGAGGACACCCCAGCUGAAAAGUUUGAAUGGUUGAUGAAAAUAAAUUACCUUGGAUCUGUGUAUUGCACCAAAGCUGUUGUGUCUGGGAUGAAAUUAAGAAAAAAAGGUAGAAUAGCCUUUGUGAGCUCACAAGCUGGACAGACUGGUGUGUUUGGUUACACGGGUUACGCUGCAACUAAAUUUGCUCUUCGUGGAUUGGCUGAGACUUUGCAAAUGGAAAUUAAACCUUACAACAUGGCAGUCACAAUUUCAUUUCCUCCAGACACAGACACACCAGGUUUUCAUUCUGAAGAUGACACGAAGCCCGAAGAGACUCGUUUAAUAUCAGAGACAGCUGGAUUGUUCUCCGCAGAAGUUGUAGCCAAGAGUUUAGUUCGAGAUAUUGUGAGAGGAGAGUUUGUAAAUACUAUCGGGCUUGAUGGUUUUAUAUUAGGGAACCUAACAGUUGGAAUGGCACCUUGCAACUCUGUUGUGUCUGCCACCCUUCAAGUUAUACUGAUGAGCCCUCUACGUAUUGUAGCUCUCGCUUAUUUAAAAAGUUUUGAUGUAAUAGUCGCUAAAUGCGCAAGAAAAAAAGAUUUACCGGAGGCCGAUGAUAAACUUCAGUGAUGAUUUGCAUCAGCUGCAUGCGCAUGGAUUUUUUGCUCGUUUUCCCCACCAUUUGCAACUGCUAUCUAUAUUGAAGAAAAAGCCUAAGUGUUACCAGCGCUUUUUAUUUUUUUGUGUAGGGACUAAAUGUUCGGCAUAAAUUAGCAAAUUAUUAAAUGGUUUGUUCCCAAAACUACAGGUUGUACGGUACAUUUGUGAACUUAAUCAAAAGGAUUUGUGAGCCCAAGUAGUCAACAAAUAAACUACUAAAUGUUUUGUUGGUAAUUACUGUCAUGAAAGCAUAAAUUAACUAAAAUCUCCUAUACCACUUGGUGUAAUUGAAUGCAAUUAUUAAAGCCUUUUUGUAGGAUAAUUUAUCAGAUAUAGUUGAUAAACCAACAACAAUAUGUGAUUUCUUGUCUUGAAAUCGCUGCUUUAUUUUAGUUUCAGGUUGUUAAUGUGACCUCAAUGUACUGUGUAUGCUUUUGCUGCAGUGUAAUUGGUACCAAUGUGAUAUAUUUUGUUCUUUCAUAUUAAGGAGUUUCUAUUUUAAUUUAAAAAGUUCUAAUCUGUAGCAAAAAAAUCGUAAGAACUAUUAUAUAUUGAAAGUACUAGAUGCAAAAAAUGAUAAUAUUUUUCAUGCUUUUAAUUUCUAUGUUUUAUGAACAGUUACUGUUAUUUUAGAUUUUGUUGUUCGUUCUGCUAUUUUGUUGCUAGGCUGUGUUAAUGUAAUACAUGCUGUGUUGCAAAAAAA